UAAAGUAGUCCGUCUCUUGCUCACAACGCUGGGCUGCAGCCAGUUUUUCUGCCUCAAAUCAGGAAGUGAAAACAGAAAAGAAAAAAAAAGAAAGAAAAGCCACGCAGCUUUGAGAUCUUUUGACUUGCUCAGGAAAACGUUAGUACAAGCUGGGCACUUGGACUUGUUUGUUAUCAGACAUAUUUCUGUCAGCCUCUGACAUGGAAUGAAUAGAGAAUCACGUAAUUCUGGGAAUAUCUAAAAACAGAAGAGAAAGUGAAAGCUUGGAGGCAUAAACCUUGGUGUGGGAGAGAACCCACAGAUAAAAUGGCCCAAGUGUCUCUCUGGAGUUAUGUGUCCAGAAUUGCUCCUGAUAAGUUUGAAAAUGUGUACGGGGAAUUUACAAAAGAAGUUCGGAGCCUUCUUGCUGAAUACUUGGAGAACCAACCCUGGGAGUAUGUUUCUGGGUCAGAUUCUUUCUGCUUGGAGUUGGCAAGUACAUUAAUACAGAGUUUAUUGGAGGAGCUUAGGAAGAUCUCCAGAAAUAGUGGAGCUGCAGUUCAUUUGGUUCAUCAGAAUAUACAGAGAAUAUCAAAGCAGGAUCCAGUGCAGACAGUGCUGCAGAUUAAACAUCUUUUGGAAAAGGAAAAGUCGGUGGUCGUUAAUCUGUUUCCACGCUCAAAUGUGAGCCUCAUCCAGAAAAAGGAAGAAAUGCAGUUCAAUGUACAGAUAAUGAAGCUAAAGCAUAAACUCCAGCAAGUUGCAAUGGUUCAACAACAGUUAAGGGAUUCAAAGGCGAACAUGAGCUUCCACAAUCAAAUGCAUGAUGUGGCAAGUUUACAUAUGCAAUGGGAGGUGCUUGUAAAGGAAUACUUUCAACUCUUGGAGAGCGCUCAAACUCAGGCCCUUAAAAGGAUCGGUAUCUGGAAAAGACAGCAACAGCUUGCAGGAAAUGGCGCCCCAUUUGAUGAGAAUCUGAUACCCCUGCAGGAAAGGAUGGAAACAAUAUUUGCAAUGUAUCAAGAUAUUGAUCGAUUAGUGAAGGACUUUAGUUUAAUGGGGGAGCAAGUGCCGCCAGGGCUUCCCGAAAAUAUGAACUGUUCCCUUCGGACUCUUAUUACAAGUUCCCUCUUGGUUGACAAACAGCCCCCACAAGUACUGAAGACACAGUCGAAGUUCCAAGCCAGUGUUAACUUCUUGUUGGGAUCUCGACUACUCGCUGGUGCUGCCAAAAUGCCUGUAGUGAGGGCAACUAUCAUUACAGAAAAGAAAGCACAGGAGCUCUACCUUACAUCAACCAGUGAGACCUGGAACGAGGGUGCUGGUGAGAUUGAGAAUGGAAAAUCUGUCCUGGAGAUUGCGCCAAACUCCAAAAUGUGUGGUGCUGUUUUCAAAAACAUGUUGCUGAAGAAGAUAAAACGGUGUGAGAGAAAGGGAUCCGAAUCAGUAACGGAAGAGAAAUGUGCCGUGCUGUUUGUAGCUGAAUUCAACCUGAACUCGAUAAACACAACUUUCCACAUACAAGCCUUAUCCCUACCUGUAGUUGUGAUAGUUCAUGGGAAUCAGGACAACAAUGCUAAAGCUACCAUUUUGUGGGACAAUGCUUUCUCAGAAGUGGAACGUCGCCCCUUCUUUGUUGAGGAAAAAGUGCCGUGGCCCAAGAUGUGCCAUACUUUAAAUAUGAAAUUUGUGUCUGAAGUGGGUACAAAGCAAGAGCUGCAAGAAGAACACUUUGUUUUUCUUGCCCAAAAGAUCUUCAAUGACAACAGCUUAAGUGACAACAAAGACCGCAUGGUUUCAUGGACUCAGUUCAAUAAGGAGCCUCUUCGGGAAAGGAACUUUACAUUUUGGCAGUGGUUUGAUGGUGUUGUGGAUCUCACCAAAAAGUGUUUAAAAGAUUACUGGUCUGACAGGUUAAUUAUGGGCUUUAUCAGCAAGCAGUAUGUUCACAAUAUACUAAGUACUCAGCCUGAUGGAACCUUCCUCCUGCGUUUCAGUGACUCAGAGAUUGGUGGCAUCACCAUAGCACAUAUUUUAAAGAGAGAGGAUGGUUCUGCUCAGAUCCAGAAUAUCCAGCCAUUCACUGCUAAAGAUCUGAAUAUCCUUUCUCUUGGUGACCGUGUCAGAGAUCUAAAACAGCUAAAAUAUUUGUACAGUAAUAAACCCAAAGAUGAUGUCUUUGGAAGACACUACUCAAAAAAAACAUCAAAAACGCCAGAUGGAUACACCCCAACACUGAUAACAUUAAAGGUUGCUGGCGGGGACACAGCCAACCCAGCUAACCCACAGCUCAGUAAGGAACCAACAUGGCCAGUAAUGUCUAGUAUGUCACCACCACCACCACCACUGCCAAGACAGCCACCUAUGUUUCUUCCGCAAGUUGAAGACCCUUCUACUUUUCUACAGAACUUCCCAUUAGCCCAACAAGGACACAUGUCUAAUGUGUUGCCUUAUCCUGAGGGGUGCGAUCCAGGAUUGCAGUGGUCUGGGCAGAACUUCAUUCCUCCAGUGCAACCGCAACCCUUUGCCCACCAAGAAAUUUUCCGGAAUAUCAACCUAAAUACAAAUGAUAUCAACAUGAUUGAAGAACUGCAAACCAUGGAGGAUGCCUUAACGGGGGAUUUCAGUUCAUCCCAUGUGCUGGGCCCAAUGAGCAUAGCACACAAUACAGAACCCAACUGGAUGGAGUGAAAGCAAAUAGCCGGACUUACUGCAAUUAUGUCUCUCCCCAUAUACAGUACAUAAAAAAACAAUAAGCUCUUUCUGUAUUAAAUAGACGAUGGCUUCUGUGAAUGUUGAUUUCUAAGUGCAAACCAACACCUUACCACUUAUAACUGCUUACAAAAUGUGGCUCUUGUUUGAAUAACUUUCCCUUUUUGAUAAAAAGAUGAUAUUUAGCAUUAUGGCAAAGUGAUUCAGCUGGGAAGAGGUUAGUUUUAGGAAUGCAGGAAUAUGAAUUCAAACCCACGUGAAUCAGCCUACAUCUUGAUCUGCAGCUUUCUGGCAAAGACUAGGCUGGGCUUCACAGCAUCUGGUGUUGUGCGUGGGCAGCAAUAAGCAGGGUGGUUUGCAGGGCUGACCUUUCCUGUGUGUGUGUAGGCAGCACUCCCAAACACUGAAUUCCUUUUGCAGAGAGCUAGGGGCUGGGGAUUUCUGAGUGCCUGCCUCAGUGCCAUUUAAUAGUAUUUAAUGGUUUUAUAGUUCAAAUGCACCUUAAGACUCUCCCUUUUGCAAAUUGAUCCGAAUCAUUCAGUUACAAUAACUUUAUUACUGGAAUAUCUAUCACUAUGCCACUCAGAACAAUUGCAUUGUACAGGCGUUUGGCCAUUAUGCUCAAGUAUUGAUUUUCUGUACUCCCCGUUCUACCGCUGCCAAGCCAAAAAGGAAAAAGUGAAAUGAGGAGCACUGAGGCACCCCCAGGCUUUCAAGCAUGCUUUUAUUUCCAUUCGGGUGAGCAGACCCAACUAUGCUGGAGAAUAUCAAGAUGAAAGGAGCUUGAUGUAGUGGAUUGGAAAAUCUUGAACAGACCUGCAAGUUUAUAUUUGGAAGAAUAAUUUGCCCUUUGAAUCUGGAGAAAGUAAAGUUGUUGGCUGCAUCUGUAGAUGUCUGGCAUAGCACCACUUCUAUAAUCAUUAAUCCAUCAUAACUCAGCUAAGGAAAUAUAAGGAACUGCUUCUGUGAACAACCUAUUAAUAAGCAAAGUAGUAACAAGAGCUAGUGUUUGCUUGGCCUAAAGGAGUGGAACCAGAAUAUACAGACUGCACAUGAGAAGGGAAACCACCGAGAUUUAUAUUACUUUGAUAUUCAAGAUUAUUCUACCUUUAUUAUAAGAGCAGAUGUAUUGUAAAAUUGAAACAUGUAUAUCACAGUCAUUUAUUAAAUCUUGUAUUAUUUGUC